AUGGCUCCAAGAACUUCCGGAAAAGCUGCUAAAAAGGCCGGUAAGGCAAAAGCCGCCAGAAGUGGCGACAAGAAGAGAAAGCGUAAGCGAGAGGAAAGCUACAGCAUCUACAUCUAUAAGGUGUUGAAGCAAGUUCACUCAGACACUGGUACAGAAUGUCCAGCAGUAUGGGUCCGGACAUCAUUGAGUUGCAUAUCAUUGGAAAGAGAAUCUCUAUCCAACGGUAACAGAAUUUUCACCAAUACGUUGAGUUUCAAGAGAGAUAUCAGUAGUUGUCUGUCAGAAGAUAUAGAUUUAGUAGCAAGAACCGCAGUUACUCUUGCUGCUGUUGCCGUUACGCCAUCUUCUGGGUUUUACUAG